UAGCCCGCCUCGCGCGGUUGUAUAGAUAGAGUGAGUGGUUGGUGGGGGUUUCUGUGCAGGUUGUAUUGAAAGAAAAGGGUUGGAGAAAAUGGCGCUGACGCAAGGAACAAAGAAGAAAGUUUGUUAUUACUAUGAUGGUGAUGUGGGGAACUACUACUAUGGCCAGGGCCAUCCUAUGAAACCACAUAGAAUUCGCAUGACUCACAAUCUGCUGUUAAACUAUGGUCUUUACAGGAAAAUGGAAAUUUACUUAAUGUGGGAGAAGAUUGUCCUGUUUUUGAUGGACUCUUUGAAUUCUGCCAGUUGUCAACGGGAGGCUCAGUUGCUGGAGCAGUGAAGCUGAAUAAACAGCAAACUGAUAUUGCAGUGAAUUGGGCUGGAGGGCUGCAUCAUGCCAAGAAAUCGGAGGCAUCUGGAUUCUGCUAUGUAAAUGACAUUGUCCUUGCGAUAUUAGAACUGCUCAAGUACCAUCAGAGAGUCUUGUAUAUUGAUAUUGAUAUCCACCAUGGGGAUGGUGUGGAAGAAGCCUUUUAUACCACAGAUCGUGUGAUGACAGUUUCAUUCCAUAAGUAUGGAGAGUAUUUCCCAGGGACAGGAGAUCUUCGGGACAUUGGAGCUGGCAAGGGGAAAUACUAUGCAGUGAAUUAUCCUCUCAGAGAUGGUAUAGAUGACGAGUCUUAUGAAGCAAUUUUCAAACCAGUAAUGUCGAAAGUGAUGGAGAUGUAUCAGCCCAGUGCUGUUACACUGCAGUGCGGUGCAGACUCUCUAUCUGGAGAUCGACUGGGGUGCUUUAAUUUGACUAUCAAAGGUCAUGCUAAGUGCGUUGAAUUUAUAAAGAGCUUCAAUCUCCCCUUGCUCAUGUUGGGAGGAGGUGGUUACACUAUCCGAAAUGUGGCCCGGUGUUGGACCUAUGAAACAGCUGUGGCACUGGAUACAGAAAUACCAAAUGAACUGCCUUACAAUGACUACUUUGAAUAUUUUGGGCCAGAUUUCAAACUUCAUAUCAGUCCUUCAAAUAUGACAAAUCAGAACACCAACGAAUAUCUGGAAAAGAUCAAACAGCGCCUGUUUGAGAACUUGCGAAUGCUUCCUCAUGCUCCUGGUGUCCAGAUGCAGGCAGUUCAGGAUGACACACUUCCAGAAGACAGUGGAGACGAGGAUGAGGAAGAUCCAGACAAGCGCAUUUCAAUUCGUGCCUCAGAUAAACGAAUUGCCUGUGAUGAAGAAUUCUCGGACUCUGAAGAUGAAGGAGAAGGUGGUCGCAGGAAUUUAGCCAAUUACAAGAAAUCAAAGCGUAUCAAAACAGAGCAGGAAAAGGAUGGAGAGGAAAAGAAAGUUUCGAUUAUGAGUGGAAGACACAUUGCAGAAAUGAUUCCACUUGCAGAUGCAAAAGAGGAGGACAAAGCAAAGGAGGACAAAACAGAGGCUAAAGGGUGUGCAGUCAUUAGUUCCACUUGGUACAACCGCCAGGAUUCAGAUCUCCAGUCAGCUGCUUGGGAGUAAAAGAAGAGACCAAGCCAGUAUAAAGAGGGGACCAUCAGCAUCUCGUUAGACUUUCUCCAUGCAUGGCUACUGUAGACUAGCAUUGGCAUUCCUUGUUUGGAAUGGCCUGUUCUGUGUUUUCCUAUUUCAUUAUCUUGACAGCUCGUAUAAAUUAUUUUUCAUCCUGAUCCAGAAGUUGCAGCUAUCUCCAUUUAUUUGGGAAUUGAUAAGAGGAUGCACUUGAAGACUGCACUGCUCAUACACUUGUACACAAGCACAAAAAUGUGCUGGAGACUUGGCAGGUUCUGUUUCAAAUGUAACCAGUCAGGUUUCCUGUCCUUUUUAAUGAUCUGUGUGCUGUUUUGCUUUGGCAUUUUAUAAACCCUAAUAAUUUAACACAGCAGCUUCCAGAUUGACAUUCAUCCACAGAAACCACUUAACUAUUGGCAUAAUACUGAUUUUUGUAUUACAAGUCUUGUGAAGCCCGUUUCACUUUGCAUAUUUCACAAUUUGUGCAAACAUACUGACAUUGUUUGCAUUCAUCUGUAGAACUAAUGCGUAGGAAAAGUGGUCUUUUCAACAAGCUGCAUUUUGCUUCAUAUGUGAUCAAUCUGGACCAUAUUAUCAAGUCUGUAGCUCUUAGUCUCCCAUAACAUUUAGCAAAUUAUGGUGAUCUUGUAAGUUCAGUAAAUUGCUAAGGUUAAAAAAUGAAAACAUCUAUGUACAUUUACUUAGAACAGUCUGUAUGGAGAGAAAUGUAAUUACCAGUUUAACACAAGCAGAUUACACAGUGUGUGUAAUUUCAAAACUGAAGUCAGCAUUGUCCCUUUCAUAUUAAAUGUUUCUGGAAAAAAAAUAAAGCAAUGAGAAUGGUUUCCUUAGAGCAAAAGUAAUGACUAAUAAAUCCAUACUGUUUUAACAGUGCUGGAUUAGGAGGAGCUGAAGCUUAGGCUGCCAUUUGGAUCACUCUCAUUGAUACCUGCUUUGUGCUUAAGGGUUUCUGGAGAGCAGAAGCUUAUCCCAGCAGCUUUGGAUGACACAUGGUAAAAUGUGUAGGAAUCCCUUUGUCAUGUGCAUACAGUAGCAGAUUGCUGUACCAGUACCUUGAGUGUUUCUGAACAAUGUCUGGACUUAACUAAUCAGCUGCACACUAAGCGUUGGCUGUAGUAGCAGUGGGCUAUGCCUUGUUCACCCAUUCCUUAAACUGCUAGAUGUUAUGUACAAGUACAUUACUGGGCUGCUGUGUUAAAGCACGAGUUGUUUUACAAAAGUGCUGGCAAUGGCAUUCACAAGCAGCUUUGCAGUCUCUUACACACAGGUUUUAUAAUGUAACUGCUGAAGUGCUAUGGACCUCUGCAGUCUGUGUAGAACAGUAUUUUCACUGAGGGGUGUAUAGUUAUGGCAUGUCAGUACCAUUGUAAAAAUUACGAAGGCAAUCUAUGAACUAGUGAUUGCCAGAGCCUUCACUCUUCAGUUUUAUUUAUUUUUUACGUAUUUUCAUAUUCUUUUAGCUUGAAUAGCUGUUUUAGUAGGACUGGAGAAAGGGGACCGUAGAACUUUGAUAGAAAGAUGCCCCGCUCCCUUCUUUGUAUUCUGAAAGAUCUUCUUUCACCUUCACCAUGCUACUCUGAAAUAAACUUCAUUAGUAGCUUAUCAAGGAUAAUUUGUAAAUAAAUUUUAUUUGAAAAUAGUUAUCUGAAUAAAGACCACACCCUGUUUAAUCCUCUUGAAAAAAAAAGGAGAUAAUUUCAGAACAUUGGCUGAGGAAGUUUAGGUACUCUGGAGUGCCAAUACAUCCUUGUCUUAUUGAGAUCAGCUUUUAGUGUUGAAAGCUGGAUGCGUAUUGCUGUCUGGUUAAAGUUGGUCUGUUACCAUGGGGCAGCAGCAGGUGAUAGCUGCUUCUCCUGAAGAGAAUACUCUUUCCAUUUCUGGCCACUGAAAUUUGGGCAUUGGUUGAGGAAAACUGUGUUGUAAUUCAUGUUUGUAUCUGAUUUUUCCAUCUGUUUUCCCCAUUUUGAUAGAUUAACAAGUCUUUCAAUCUGAAAUGCAUCUUUUUGCUCCUGGUUGGAUAUAGAACCACUUAUAAAAAGUGAAUGCUUAUAGAAAAGUAUUAAAUAUCUGGAAAUAUUUUUUUUCUCUAACUGGAUGUGGUAGCAGACAAUGGUGCUCCUUCAUGGAAAGCAGAGUCUAGUUUUGUAACCUUCACUUAAUGUGCAGAGUCACUUAAACAGGCCAAACUUCCAGGAACUAGCCCUGUUAUUGGGUAUUCAGGUUAUAAACACUCAAAAUAAAAUUUUGACUAGAAACAAAGUACAGCUGUAUAACAUUCUUAAAAAUUCUUUUCUUGAGAUUAGUGUAAAAGCUGAUUUUGCUUGUCUGCAGCAAGCUAAAGGACUCGGAAUUUUCAAGCAACCCCUUUUUGACAGUAUGAAACCCAAGGGGAAUGCCUUUUUGUGCCACUGUUUCUGCAAGGAGUUGGAUCUCCAAUCACUUUUCUUAGAACUUAAAUGGUAGAGCAGCUGAGUCAGUCAACUGUUAUUCCAGAAAUGAAUGUUAUAAUUUUGCCAAGUACAUGUCCAUGUUCUUUUUAAAUUAAAGUGGUCAUAGUAUCUGUCUGAAAUGUUGCUUGAGAUUUUUCAAUUUUUAAAUAUCUUUGUAAUAAAAAAGGUUCUUUUUUA